AUGUUUCCCUUGAGUCGUGAUCCAACAAGAAAUUUAACUGGGAGUUCAUCUUAUCGAAAGUUUAGAAGAGAGCAACUAGGUAUCAGAGAUGAUAGACCAUCUUCAUAUGUCCUUAAGUGUCGCCGGGCGUACAGGAAGAAAAUGGAUGAAUUGGAGAAGAAUCUGGGCUUGGAUGACGACGAGAUUCUGAUCUCGCCUGAUGAUGCUGCUACUUACUCCAUCUCCAUGCUUGACGAGAUUAUGUUCUCGCCUGAUGAUGCUACUACUACCUCCUCCAUCUCCAUGCCUGAUCAGUCGUCAUCAAGAUUGGCUUCACAUUCAGCUGGCACCAAGAACGAAGUAGGCUCCAAAGCUUGUUCUGCCCAUAUGGCAUCAGAUGAGAGACUUGAUGAUUUGAAGGGAUCGGAUCAGUACCUGCAGGCCACGCCUGACUCUGUUGAACUUGAUACAACUCAGCAUAGCUACAAGCAGAUCCGAUCAAGUUCAAAGAUGCGAUUACUCCGCUACAAGCACAAAGCUUUAGAAAACAAGAAGAAGAAGAAGAAGAAGAAGAAGAAGAGGUCGUGA